AUGCCUGGUGAGAAGAUCAUCUUGGAUGCAACUACUUCUUGUGACCCGGAUAGCGAUGAUUUCCUCUUCAAGUGGUGGCAAUAUUUGGAGCCAAGCUCAAGCCUCAACACUCCAAAGCGGGAUGUGCUUGUUUUGAAGAUGGAUGCAAUUGAUACAUCUAGGCUUUCUAUCCAGAUACCCAACACCGAAGCUGUGCGAAAGCCGGGAAGGGGUGUUCAUACAUUCGAUGACAAGCACUUGCACAUUAUUCUAGAGGUAUCAGAUGGAGAUAUUGUCGCUUAUCGGCGGAUAAUAUUAACCAUCAAAGGGAAGAUUGCGUUGGAAGAAAAUGACUCUGACCAUGACGAAUUGUGA